GUUCCGGUUCGGCGGGCCGCUGCUGGCGGCGCGGCGCCGACGGGGCCGGAGCGAUGCCCGCGCGUAGCCGAGCCGGCUCCCGCCUGCGCUCCGGCUCCCCUGCCCGGGCCCUGCGUCUGCCGCUCGAGACGCUGCUCUCCGCCGACGCGCCGAGGACUCCGGACUCCGACGGCGCCCCGGACGCCGGCUCCGAGCCGGGUCCCGGCAGCUCGGCUCCCACCGCGGAGGCAGUGGCAGAAGAGAUGGCAGGCCCUAGUCAGCUCUGCAUCCGCCGCUGGACCACCAAACAUGUGGCAGUGUGGCUGAAGGAUGAAGGCUUCUUUGAGUAUGUGGACAUUCUGUGCAACAAGCACCGACUCGAUGGAGUCACACUGCUCACACUGACCGAGUAUGACCUUCGAUCUCCUCCUCUGGAAAUCAAAGUCCUAGGAGACAUUAAAAGGUUAAUGCUCUCAGUCAGAAAGUUGCAGAAAAUCCAUAUUGAUGUUUUGGAGGAGAUGGGCUACAACAGUGACAGUCCUAUGAGUCCCAUGACCCCAUUCAUCAGUGCUCUUCAGAGUGCAGACUGGCUCUGUAACGGAGAGCCCACACACGGCUGUGAUGGACCCAUCACUGACUUGAGUUCUGAUCAGUAUCAGUACAUGAACGGCAAAAACAAACACUCUGUUCGAAGACUGGACCCAGAGUACUGGAAGACCAUACUGAGUUGCGUAUAUGUUUUUAUAGUAUUCGGGUUUACAUCUUUCAUUAUGGUCAUUGUUCACGAGCGAGUGCCUGACAUGCAGACCUAUCCACCACUCCCGGAUAUAUUCUUAGACAGUGUUCCCAGGAUCCCGUGGGCCUUCUCCAUGACUGAAGUGUGUGGCAUGAUUCUGUGCUACAUUUGGAUCCUGGUUCUUCUUCUUCACAAGCACAGGUCGAUCCUUCUGCGCAGGCUCUGCAGUCUGAUGGGCACUGUGUUCCUGCUCCGCUGCUUCACCAUGUUCGUGACCUCCCUCUCCGUGCCAGGACAGCACCUGCAGUGCACUGGGAAGAUAUAUGGAAGUGUGUGGGAGAAACUACACCGAGCGUUUGCCAUUUGGAGUGGCUUUGGUAUGACCCUGACUGGUGUCCACACUUGCGGAGAUUACAUGUUCAGUGGCCACACAGUUGUUCUAACCAUGCUGAAUUUCUUUGUCACAGAGUACACGCCGAGAAGCUGGAAUUUCUUGCACACGCUCUCCUGGGUUCUCAACCUCUUUGGGAUCUUCUUCAUCUUGGCUGCCCAUGAGCAUUACUCCAUUGAUGUCUUUAUUGCCUUUUAUAUCACAACGAGACUCUUUUUGUACUACCAUACUCUGGCCAAUACCAGAGCCUAUCACCAGAGCAGGAGAGCGAGAAUCUGGUUUCCUAUGUUCUCUUUCUUUGAAUGCAAUGUUAAUGGCACAGUACCUAAUGAAUAUUGUUGGCCAUUUUCUAAACCAGCAAUAAUGAAAAGACUAAUUGGUUGAAGAUUAUCAUUGUAAUGAGUUUGUUAAAUAUACAGUAGUUACGGAAUGAAAAUGAAUAACUUUGCUUUGUCCCCAGGUUGUUCCUGGAUAUGUUGCAUUUUGACAUAUAUGUUGACAGGUUUUCUGUUCUGAGCAAGGCUGUGACUAUAAAACUCAAGAAAGAGCAACCAAGACUCCUUGCCUGGCAGCUUGAACAGAGCUCCAGGAGAGAUUUCCUUCACUGUAGGUGUGAUGGGUGAUGUCCAGCCAUUUCCUGUGCAUGUUGAGUGUUUGCUUUCUGAACUCAAGCACAUUGGCUUGGGCUGGUUGAUGGAUUUCCAGUAGGACUCAAGUCAAGAGAUCUUUUUUGAAGCUGUUUUUCCCCCCUACCGAGUGAGCUGUUCUCACUUGUUCAUUGAACUAACCUGUGUCUGUGUGGGAAGUGACUGUCUUACUGGUAAACCUUUGAACCAUUUCUAAGAAAAACAUAUUGAACACAGCAGCUUUCAUCAAACAAGUAGAGACUGGGAGGACCACCUGUCAGGUGUCACUGACCUUCCCACUAAAGCAUUUCACCAUAGGUGCAGUUCCUGUUUUGUUUUGAAGCUUCAGUGUGAAUAAUAGUAAGGAUUUUUGAGGGAAAACGGCUGUGUUCAUAAUAACAGUGUCGUCUGAGUGCUGUAAGUAUUGGAAUAAAUUUGUGUUGCAACAGUUAGUUAGGCAGAUGAUAGCCAAUAUAAUGUUUUUUAUUGAUGUGAUUUAGUGAGACAAAUAAGAGCGUUUUACCAGAUGUUAAAGUUCUCAUGUCAGUAAAUAAGUAAAUGUGCAUGCAAUGAAAAAACAAAUCUACAGAUUGUAGACAUAGUGUUAACUCUUUGGGGUGUUUGUUUUGUUUUUUCUUGAAAGUUCUCAUUCUUGGCCAUUGAAAGUAAGCAGUCAGACAUACUUGGACACAAAAAGCUUGUUGCUGUUUUUAAAAAAAUAAUUGUGUAUAUACAUUCUUUCUGUAGUCUUAAUUUGGCCGUCAAGAACUAAAAUAAAUUAGCUGCUGUUUACAUAGAAAAUUACCAUCAGUAAUUAAUUUCACCUGUCGGAUAAUUUGUUACUUAUUCUUUACCUUAGCCUGGUUAUAGAAUUGGAAAUUGACCUUCAGCUUAAACAAGUAGAAUGCUAAUUGUGUAGUUUUUACAUUCCAUUUUAAAACAAGGACUUGGAAGAGAGGUUCUGGCAUACUGAGGUCACAGUUCAACCACAGCAGAAACUUGGUCUUCUCAGUUUGGGUGAAAUGCUCAUUAUUGCAGUUGGAGUCAUAGUCCCACCCUCCCUGACGCUACCCCAGUGAAAUUAGGAAAGGGAGAUUAGGCAAGCAGGUUUCAGCCCAUGCUUUAAACCUGAGUCUGCUGGAAACAUCACUUGUUUAUCACCUGAGAGAUGAUGUGAGCAACUCAAGUUUGAUCGUGUCUUUAAAUCUUAUACUUCAGAAUCUUAUAGCAUUUUAAAUUGUUGGUUCUGUUACAAACCAGGAUCAAAAAUGCCAAUAUCUCAUGUAAAGAAAUUGCAUAAUCAUGGAGGCCAUGACCACCCCUCCUCUUACACCCCCACCCCUGACAUAGCAGGACCCAAUUUACCUAGGGGGAAACUAGUGUUGACUUUUGGGAGACUGUUCCAAAACCAUGUGUCAACAUUAACUUUAAAAUGUUCACUACAUUAAUGGUAAAUGUAUUAACAUCAGGCUUCUCUCCUCCAUGUGGAUUCUAUCGUAGAUCAAAACAGGAAAGUAAAUGCCGCUAGCUUUUUGGCACUGUUGGUGGCAAGUGCCUAGCAGCAGCCUGCAGUGGGGAUUGUGAGUGGGAAUUGUGAGUGGCCUUGAAGUUACUCCCAUUUUUUUUAGAGGAAAAGGUAAGCUAGAUUAUAAUGUAUUACCUAUUGUGGGACCUCGUUUACAUGAGUUAAUCAUCAUCAGAGACAAAAUUAUUUUUCAGGUUUUGACACUGUACCUUUCCUCUUGUUGAAAUCUUAACUUUGGUGAAGAUAGAAUUUAUGUUUACAUUUUGGGCUUGAUGUGGAUGGGGGGAGAGGCAGGCCCAUGCUUUUGAACCUUGUAUUUGAUUCUGCAGUUGUACAAGGCUUUCACCCUUGACAGCUUACUACAGGAAGGAAGGAAGGAAGGAAGGAAGGAAGGAAGGAAGGAAGGAAGGAAGGAAGGAAGGAAGGAAGGAAGGAAGGAAGAAGGAAGGGCUCGAGUUAUGGGAUGCAGAGCAGGGUUCUGUGUGAAGUCCUGGUUUCUGAAUGGCCUGUGUUCUAGGAACAGGGUUGUUCCCCUCCCUGUGGUGCUCGACCUGGGGCUGUGUGUGUGCCAGGCGAGUGAGUGCUCUGCUCUUGAAGCUGGUAGGACAGGAAGGAGGUUUUAAGGAAGAUUAGCUUGCACAUGUCACCACAUACUCUGGCAGAGACCUUUUUUUGUCUGUUGCAGUUCCCAGUGAGGCUAUCCUCCAGUUCCCUCUGAGCAGAAUUGCUGUGGCAAAAGUACUCUAUGCUUUUAAAGUCUUCCAAGCCAAGAAAAACCACUGCCAGGAGCAUGGCAUUGACACUGUGAGGGGUGAUGGCCCUGCCCUAGCUGCCUGUGUUGUGACUGAGAAUUCGCAAAAAUCUGUGGUGUAUACGUGGAGAACAGAGGAGUGAAAUAAAUCCCUUUAUAACAGAGAAGAAGCUGUCUGUUUUAGGAACAUUUGUGCAAAACCCUUUGUUGUUGUUGUUUUUGUUUGUUUGUCUGUUUUUUUGUUUUUGUUUUUUGUUUUCAGGAAGGGUUUCUCUGUGUAGCCUGGGCUGUCCUGGAAUUCAGUCUGUAGAUCAGGGUAGCCUUGAACUCAGGGAUCCACCUGUCUUUGCCUCCCAUACUGGGAUUAAAUUCAAAUUCAUGACAAAAACCUGUUUUGUUUUUAUUCAGCAAGAAGCAGUUUUAUCACUUAAAGAUUCUAGACCCACAAUGCCUAAGGAUGCAUUCUUAGACUCUCUGAUUUAAUACACUUGCUGAUUUGAUAGUCUUGUAGACAGAGAGAGAGCCUAUAAUGAAAACAGUGAUGGUCUAGUCAGCCACCUGUCAGUUCUUUAUGGUCUCAGACUUUGGAGACAGAAAAUUCUUUAGAAUAGUUUACUUGCUUUUCUUCAUACAGUGAAAGCCACCAAAGCAUGUCAGUUUUAAUGACAACUUUACAUGACAGUUUUGACAGUUGAUGUUUAUUCAGAAGAGAGCUUGGCCUCAUUCGCCCCUAUGCCUCCACAGCUGGGGACUGUUAGAUCCCUUUGAAGCUCAGACAGCUUCGGCUGACCCAUGGGAAGAGAGGGAUCUGUUUGUUUCUUCUCUUUGUGAAUAGCUUUACAUGAAUAAACUCCUGUAGAAGGAAGUGUCGGUUUGUCAAGUCAGUGGCACUAAUUUCUCAAAACAAUGUGAUGAUUAUUGUAUCAAACUCAGUACAAAUGUCCAUGAACUCUAAACUGUUUCUCCAGCUACAUUAAGUAGUUUUUGAGACACAUUUACUGUAUGUUAAUCAAAGGACUCUUUAUUCUGUGUAUUUCUUGUCUUGGCAUAAGGAAGCUUUGUGCUUUGACAGGAGAAGGAAUGUUAUGGAGUUGUUGUUUUUUUUGUUUUUCAUUGUUAUUUCACAUCUCUUUUAAUCUGAACUACUGGAUUUUCUGAAAAACUAAACAGCCUGCUAUUAACAUCUUUAAAAUGUUUAAUUUUAAUAGUUUUUCAUUUGAAGAAUUCAUGGGUUAGGGUUAGAACAAUGAAAUGUUUCUGAUACGAACAAAGGAACUUUGGUACUCAGAAGAGAAGCAGUUUGCUGGGCUAAGCCAGGCCUGUUUAGUUUGGGGAUUCUACCUAAAGGUCUCCCUGUCCACAGAGAAACUAGUGUUACUUGAAGAUAUGAAAGUUCCUGUGGUAGCCAUACCUUGAAGCACAGUGUUGUAUAUAAGUAAAUACCUGAUUCUAAAUUAAAUCCAGAUUUAACUAAUAUAUUAUUUUGUAUCUUUGUUGUAUUAAAAUGUUUUAAAACACUAAAAAUAAAACAUUUGAAAGUUGA